AUGCGGGUUGGUAAUCGAUUAUCUUUAGAUGAUUCCACCGCCUCGAAGAAGAGGAAGCCAAACCCAAGGGACAGACGAGGCUCAUCGGCCUCCGAGUUUGACGGCAUCAGUCAGGAUUAUCAGCAGCUCGCCAUCGGCGACCGCGAUGCCGUUACCACUUUUUACAUGACACGGCUGCGACAGAUGCAACAGCUCAUGUGUAAGGUUGUGGCUAAGGCUUGGAUCAAGGUGAUUGAGCCUAAAAAGCAGUCGAAUUUUCCAUACAAUCGUGGGGACGAGAGCAAGCCAAAUUGGUGGCCUGCAGAUGUUCGCCACAAGGAGCCGGACCACCUCAUGAAACCUGAACGAUUGACGUUGCUCUUGACGAUGCUGCGAAGCCGCAGGGUUACCAUCUCGAAGCUCGAGGCUGCUACGGCCGAAGUCAUGGUCCAGAUUCCGAAAGAGCGCAUCCCGUUGCUGGAGGAAAUAUACCAUGUUGCGAGACAGGAGGAGCGUUACGACAGGCGAGAAUUGCCGCCUGACACGUUCAUCUUCGUUGCCGCGUCCGAGAAGAUUAUAAGGAGUCCACCACGAAAGCCCUCCCCACAACUUCGUCGUAAAAGCAUUGCCUCCCCGAUCCGCAGAGAUUCCGGAUCCGACAACAACCGAUCGCUUGCGGACCGUAGGAUGUCGGCGGUUCAUGGCAUUCAGACCCCGUCAGAGUGCGAUAUGGUGGAUAUUACGGACGAAGGUAGCAUGGUGGACAUGCGGGUUCCGUCGUCUCGGAUGGAGGGUCGGGAUGAGAAUGGUGGCGGUGGUAUGCAACAACCAGGACACGAUCCGUUUUCUGGUUCCAACGUACCGGCUCCUAACCUGGAUUCAAACAUAGGAUACGCGACAAGCUUUGUAUCCCAGCCAGCGUUGCAGCAGACGUCCCCUAUGCAGGACCAACCGCAGUACAUGCCAGAACUCAGCAUACGGAGCGGUAUGUCCGACUUCUACAUGGUCAGCGCGCCGAGCCAAGGCCCUGUCCUGCGACGCGGCAACACCAUGCCAUCGAUUCCGCAAUCAUCGGGGGCUCCGGUGCACCACCCAUGGAUGUUCAACCAAUACCCUCCUAGCUCGACCCCGAACCACACACCGUAUGGACCUCCACGUCAAUCGGGGAGCAAUCCACCCACGCCUGUCUCCGGCGGACCCUUCCAACCUGUGCAGCUUCCGCCGCCUCCUCCCAACCAUCAGCAUACGCAGCUGGGACACCGUCCGUCGCACCAUAAUCUUGGCGGUGACGGCUCUGGCGGGGGCGGAGGUAGCCACCAGCAGUACGACUCAUCGGUGAGCAUGAACGCACAAAUGGGCGCGAGUCAUCCGCAUACCAGUGCUCUGGGAUUCACGGAGUUUCUAAGGAGUGAACUCCCGAACGAGGACGGCAACGGGAGGGUAGGGAAGAUGGAGUAA